GAAAAUUUGAAUCUUUGAGUCGGACGAUGUCGACCUCCGCCGCUUCCUUGUGUUGUUCAUCAACCCAGGUCAAUGGGUUUGGUCUUAGGCCUGAAAGGUCGCUUCUUUACCAACCCACUUCGUUUUCUUUCUCCAGAAGGAGAAGUCAUGGAAUUGUCAAGGCCUCAGCUCGGGUUGAUAGGUUUUCCAAAAGUGAUAUCAUUGUUUCUCCCUCUAUUCUCUCGGCUAAUUUCGCCAAAUUAGGCGAGCAGGUAAAAGCAGUGGAGUUGGCAGGUUGUGAUUGGAUUCAUGUUGAUGUGAUGGACGGUCGUUUUGUUCCCAACAUUACUAUUGGACCUCUCGUGGUUGAUGCUUUGCGCCCUGUGACAGAUCUUCCGUUGGAUGUUCAUCUUAUGAUAGUGGAACCCGAGCAGAGAGUACCGGAUUUCAUCAAAGCUGGCGCAGAUAUAGUCAGUGUACAUUGUGAACAGCAAUCGACCAUCCAUUUGCAUCGCACCGUCAAUCAAAUAAAAAGCUUAGGGGCUAAAGCUGGAGUUGUCUUAAACCCUGGAACCCCAUUGAGUGCAAUAGAAUAUGUCUUGGAUGUGGUGGAUUUGGUCUUGAUCAUGUCGGUCAACCCCGGUUUUGGUGGACAGAGCUUUAUCGAAAGCCAAGUAAAGAAAAUCUCGGACUUGAGAAAAAUGUGUGCAGAGAAGGGAGUAAACCCAUGGAUUGAAGUUGAUGGUGGUGUCACUCCAGCAAAUGCGUACAAGGUUAUUGAGGCUGGAGCAAAUGCUCUAGUGGCUGGAUCAGCUGUAUUUGGAGCUAAGGACUACGCAGAAGCUAUAAAAGGAAUCAAGGCCAGCAAGAGGCCAGAAGCUGUAGCUGUGUAAUCUGAAGAAACAAUAAAGAGUCUGUUAAACUUAGGUUAAUGAUUUCGCCCAUGUUUGUAUCUUAAUACUCUGCUUGCAGUACACAGAUAUGAAUCUUGAAAACGAAAAUUCGCAAAUUUGAACCUUUCCCUUUGCUGUAUCUUCCAGUUUUUGAUGAGCAAAUUCUGUUUCCGGAUUUUAUCUGAGUUGCAAUAACUUUGAUUUCAGGAACAGUUAAAAAGUUAAAGACGAUCACCAGAAGUCCCAGAUGCUGUUGUUGUCUCCAUUCGCCAUAAGAAUCAAACUCUAUAUCUUCAAAGUAGGCUCCUCUAUACUAUUCUGUACCAUUGUCUUGUAAAUUGAGGAUAUGCAGAUUCCAUACAUUUUGCAAUGAAACACUGUAAUAAGAUAUAUGCUGUUACAUAUGUGUUUUUGACUUCAAAUAAAGCAUUUCAUUUGUC